AUGCCGCGUUUGGAGGAUGAACCGGUUAUGUCUGACUUCGAAAGACAGCGUGCUGCGAAUAUCGCCGAGCGCGAUGCGCUCCUGAAAAAAUUGACACUUGAGGCCCGGUCGACAGGAAUAUUCGACAAACCGCGACCUUCAAAACCAUCGUCUCAAAAGAAGAAGCCUAUAAAAAAGGUCAAGAAAGAGCCAGAGGCCCCUGUACCUCGACGAGUGUCCUCCAGGCUCCGAGGCAUACCGGCCGAAAGCGAAGUUGCCAAACGCAAGGCUGAAGAUGAAUACCGAGUGCAAGAAGAGGCAAAGAGAAUGCGAGUUGAGGGAGACCUCAAUAUAGGCGAUAUUAUGGUGGGCGAUCAUAAAUGGGACGCGACAUCGUUUCUGGGAUCCGACCUUCUAAACUCGAGAAAUCGAUACCAAAGAACAUUCGGAAAAGAAGAAAUUCGAAAAACGACAAAUAAAGAUUUGAAAGACUUGAGAGAAAAUAUGAGUUCUUUAAAACUUUGGGAGCACUGGGAGCCGAACCGUAUUAAAAUUACGCCCGAGAGAGUGUACGCCAUGUUGUUUCACCCUACUGAAUCGAAGCCGCUUAUAUUUGCGGGUGACAAAACGGGAAAUCUAGGUAUUUUAGAUGCGUCGCAGACCCCAAUGAAGGAGGGUGAGGAUGAUGAGGACGACUCCCCCGAUCCCAUAAUCACUACCAUAAAGCCACACUCGCGCACAAUAAGUGCCAUGCAUAUUCAUGCAUCUGACGCUUCGAAACUAUAUACCGCCAGUUAUGACAGCUCCCUUCGGGCCUUAGAUUUGGAAAAGUCCGUGGCAACGGAAGCAUAUGCGCCGAGGUCCACAGCCGAUGACGAGCCACUCUCUGGUAUUGACACAGCACCAGAUGACCCUUCUGUUCUUUAUUUCACCACUCUAGACGGUUUUUUCGGUCGCUAUGAUACGCGCAUGGCAAGCAAUAAAACCACCCCCGACCUUUAUCAACUCUCGGAGAAAAAAAUUGGAGGAUUUUCACUUUGUCCUUCUGCACCGCAUUAUUUUGCCACUGCGUCCCUGGACAGGACGAUGAAGUUAUGGGAUCUGCGAAAACUUGAAAAGAAAGACCCACAACCCGUGGGUGAACAUGUGAGUUCUCUGUCAGUCUCACAUGCUGCAUUCAACCGGAGGGGACAAAUCGCAACCACUUCUUAUGACAAUACAGUCAAACUUUAUGAUUUGGAUGCAAAAGGCUUCAAAGAUUGGAAGCCAAAACAUACUCUUCCCGAGGAUGAUCUGGAGCCCGAUGCCGUGAUAAGACACAACUGCCAAACUGGAAAGUGGGUUACUAUCCUUCGCCCUCAAUGGCAAGCAUCCCCGCAAAGCCCUGUGGAGCGGUUUUGCAUUGGAAAUAUGAACAGAUUUGUAGAUAUAUAUUCCUCCUCGGGCGAGCAAUUGGCACAAUUAGGUGGUGACGGGUUAAUAACCGCUGUUCCUGCUGUUGCUGUCUUCCACCCGACCCAGAAUUGGGUUGCUGGAGGUAAUGCAAGUGGAAAGGUUUGCCUAUGGAUGUAA